AUGAAGGAGUUCGAGAUGAGUGAUCUUGGGCUACUCUUGUAUUAUAUGAGUAUCGAGGUGGACCGGAAGAUAGAUAGCAUCGAGGUGAAACAUGAAACUUAUGUGAAGAAGGUGUUGAAACAGUUUGCAAUGGAGGAUUGUAACUCGAGUAAGUAUCCAAUGGAAGCAAAGUUGCAGCUCAGAAAGGAUGUGGAAGGAAGCAUAGUGGAUCUGAAGGAGUAUAGGCGUAUCAUCGGGUGUCUCAACUACUGCAGCGUCGUGCCAUGGACUUUGGCUAAGAAACUUGUUGAGCGAGGUGCUCGGAUGCGAGCCGAGGCCGCUUUAUCUAAGUCUGCUUUCCUCUUCUCAUCUAUACUUCCAUCCCCUGAUAUUCCAUCUUGGUUUUCGGUUGCUAGAGUUUCUAAUAUAGUUUCCUGUAUCGGGUUAAAGUUGAAUGAGGAUGAGUAUUUUCAGAUUUUCCCCAUAAGAUUUGGACCUCGCCCUGAAAGUCUUUACUGCGAGUCCUCUUGCCACUCCACCACCCUUAAUAUUAGUUCCCAUUCUCUUCUGGAUUUUUUUAUGUGUCAGGCUAAUUGGAAGUGCUUUUUGAGUGUCAUUGUGUCAAAAGCGACAUGUUUGGAAAUCUUGUCGAGUGGAUUGUCUCCAGGAAAUUAUAAUGGUGCAUUGCAAGUGACUCCUUUUGUUCAUAUCCGUGACAACCUGUUGGCAAGGUACUGCAGGCAAGUGGGUGAAAAAAAUUGGGUAGUGGUGGACGUUUCUCUUGACAUAUUUCGGGAAUUCCAUCUAAUGAAAUCGAGGAAAAGGCCUUAUGGGUGCAUAAUUGAAGAUAUGCCCAACAGAUUCACAAACGUGACAUGGAUAGAGCACGUUGAAGCACAACACGUGACUGAUGUUCAUCCAAUUUACAAGGCUCUGGUCAGUUCCGGGUUAGCUUUUGGCACCAAACGUUGGCUUGUUAUUCUCCAGAGCCAAAUUGAUCGUCUCUUCAGUGUCAUGUCCAACACCCUACCUUUUUCCGAUAUCACUGUGGCGAUGAGUACGGAAAGUAAAAGGAGACAUACUUGGUUGUCUGAUAGGAUGGUAGGGAUCUUUAAUACGGGAGUGAGUGUGACUACAGGGAAUGUUUGGAAUAUAAUUCCAUACAGUGGCCCAAAUAAAAUUAGAGUUCUCAAGAUCAGUAACACAGAUAUUCCCGGUCGUCCUGUAGGGGUCAUCCUUGUCGCUACAUAUUCCAAGUAA